UACAUCUAAGUGAGUUGACUUAAGUGGUUUUUUAGUGAAAUAAUUUUCAAAAAUGUUUGAUAAAUUACCCACGGAAAUCAUCCAAAUCAUAAUAGAACAAAAAUCGUUGGGUUUUCGUGAUUUAGUUCAUCUUUCUUCAACUUGCACCUUCCUCCGAAAAUUUAUUUUAAACAAUAACACCUUGUGGAAGAGGCAUUACUUAAAAAUGUGGUCCAAAAUCCCGGAUUUACCCGAAAUCGACGAUUAUUAUUUGGAAAUUACUCAUUGUCACCACAUAAUUAAAACGGUAAAUCAAAUUUUAAUAAAAACGAACAAAUUCACCAAGAAAACUUUCAAAGAAAUCAUUAAAAUAAUCGAUUCGAAACGUUUAAACAGAGAAUAUGCGGUGGGUUUUUUCGUGUACACUUUCUUUGAUAAAACGGAUAAAUACAUGAUACAAAAACAAACUUUAUAUUGUUUAACCCACUAUGCUUUAUACAAUGUUAUAAAAGAUUUUUUUUCUUUAAACGUGCAAAAUCAAGUUUUCGAAAUAGCCGUCACUUUGUUGGAACAGUGGAUUAAACCACAAGAUAACACGAAAAUCGAAGAUGUUCAAAAUGAAUUAGAUAAAAUCGCUGAAGAGGUGAAAAAAUUCGUAAGGAUUAAUCACCCAAAUCAUCCAAUAUUCGCUAUUUGUGAAGAUUUAAAACAAUUCCGGAGCAAACACAUUUCCAACAACAAAUUUUCUUCAAAAGAUUCCAAAAUUAUUUUGGAAUCUAUGAAUAAAGUCAUUUUCGAAACGAUGCGAUUUUCAGCUUGCUCAAAUUUCUUCAUGAUCGAUAAUUCAUUAAUAUCGAAAGUUUUGAAAUCACAAAUUGGGUCCCGUCUCGUGUUAUCAAUCAUUUAUGAGAGCGUAGCUCGAAGAUUGGGUGUUAAUUUAAGCCCUUACAACGCUGGGAGUCUUUAUUUGUUGAAGUUUAUUGAGGAUGAUACCCCGGAGAAGAUUGUUUAUAUUAUCGAUGUGUUUAGUUGCGCUGUGAUGGUUCCUGUUAAUGAAGAGGCCGUUAUGCAAAGUGGUUUGGGUAUGCCUUCAAUGUCAAGAAGUAAUAGUAAAGAAGUAAUCUCAAGUAUUCUUCCGAACUUGUCUACAGCUUUAAUAAUUAAAUUGGUGUCAACACAACAAGAUAAUCUCGAGGCGAAAUUGCUUGUUCGAGCCAUAACAAGUUUGGAGUUAUUUUUACGUUCUUUCGAUAUUAAUACUCGCAAAUUCAAAUUUUUAUACUCUUUAGAUAAUAUUAUUGAAGCAUUAUUUUCUGAUAAUUCCAGAUUUUAGUAUUGAUUAUUGAUAUAUUUGACACGUGUAGAAAAAGUUUUCGUUCUUAUUACGUCAUAACUUGUUUGAACAAGUUUUUAACGGUCAUUUUAGCAAAAAAAAUAAUAGAUUAAACGAAGCGAAGUAAAUAAAGCGAAAAAGAACUUACUCGGGAUAUAAAUAACACUAAAAUUAAUUAAAUAAUUAACAAAAUAUCCAAAAUAAAACUUAAUUAAAAUAAGACGCCACUAAAACACAAACAUGGCGUUGAUAAGACUCGGAAGUAGCUUAACCGGAAAUAAAAUUGGGGGGGGUCGAGAUUAAAAAUCGAGGGGUUCGAGAUUAAUAAAGAGGGGUCGAGAUUAAUUU